UAUGCCAAGAAUGUGGGAAAGCUUUUAGUCAAAACUCCUCCUUCGCUCAACACAUGAGGAUUCACACUGGUGAAAAGCCUUAUGAGUGCAGCAAAUGUGCAAGGUCCUUUGCUCAUUGCUCUACUUUCACCAGUCAUAAGAGAACCCAUAAAGGAGAGAAGCCCUUUGAGUGCAGAGUGUGUAAAGGCCUUUUGUCACAGCUCUUCCUUAAUUCGUCAUAGGAGGAUUCACACUGGUGAGAAGCCUUAUGAAUGCAAUGAAUGUGGAAAGACCUUUACACAGCACUCUACUUUUAUCCGACAUAAUAGGACCCACAGUGGAGUAAAACCCUUAAAGUAUCAAGAAUGUCCAAAAACCUUUUACUCUAGCUCUUCCUUCAUUUGCCAUGUGAGGAGUCACACUGGUGAGAAGCCCUGUGUUUGCAAAGAAUGUGGCAAGGCCUUUACACAACCUGCAAAUCUCAUUUGGCAUCAUAGAAUCCACACUGGAGAAAAGCCCUUUGAGUGCAGAGAAUGUGGUAAGGCCUUUUGUGACAACUUUGCCUUAACUCAGCACAUGAGAACUCACACUGGUGAGAAACCCUUUGAAUGCAGUGAAUGUAGAAAGACCUUCAGGCACAGUUCAUCCUUCACUCUCCAUCGAAAGAUUCACACUAGAGUUUAAAAGCUAAAGGAAGGCUGGCCAGGUGUGGUGGUGCACACCUGUAAUCUCAGCACUCAGGAAGCUGAAGCAAGAGGAUCACUGCAAGUUCAAGGCCAGCCUGCAGUACAUAGUGAGUUCAAGGCCAGCCUAUACUACAAAGCUAUAGGGAGGCCUUUUACAACAGUGUUCUCAAUCAACUUGAGUGAACACAUAUUGGUGAAAUUUCUUUUGAAUGUAACAAGGAAACUGGACAAAAAUAUCUUAACAGUGUCUGAAAAUUCUUAUAGUAAGAAGAGGAAAAGUAAUUAUCAUCCCUGUGAAAACUUUUUGUUUCAGGUCAUCACUUGUCAUCUGAAGAUGUACAUUAGAAGUUGUCUCAGCCUAAGCCUAUGUCACAUCUGAGAAUCAUCCAGGAGAGUCAAAGUGGUUAUUAUGCAUUUAGGUAAAAUGUUACCAAAAAUUUCUUUUUAUUUACACUAUAGAUCUAAUUUGUGUAUUUUAUAAUAAGUCAGUACAUA